GGUGCACCGCAUGUACACGUCAGAGGUGCGUGGCUGCUGCUACUGCUGAAAGACCAAAACAGAGCUGUUAGUCUGAGUGAUAAUGAAUCCUGUUGAUCCAGGUUUCUUCACAUUAUACUUUCAUUAUUGACAGUUCCGGUUCUUCGUGGCGAAAGAAUAGUUAUGGUAACGUAACCUUGUUCCUGUAUCCAGUUUCUCAUUGGUCUCACUAUCGAGGAUGUUAAUCAGUAGUUAGUCCUCUCAUUCCUGUGUGGAAAUCCGAAAAGCCCGCUGUGUGGGGAUGGCAUGCCCGGUGUCCGUCAUCUGUCGGGCAGUCCGCAAUGUGGGCUUGGUACUCAUCUACUAUGUCUUCUCAAUUGGAAUAACUUUCUACAACAAGUGGCUCAUGAAGGGCUUCCACUUCCCUUUAUUUAUGACACUGUGGCACCUGACUAUAAUAUUUUGCCUGUCGGCUCUGACACGCUGUGCCAUGCAGUGCUGGACACGGAAGCCUCGAGUUACACUUGGUUGGAAAGAGUACCUGUACAAAGUGGCACCAACAGCACUGGCAACCGCACUGGACAUUGGACUGUCCAAUUGGAGCUUCCUUUUCAUUACUAUCAGUCUGUACACGAUGACCAAGUCUUCCGCUGUUCUCUUCAUUCUGUUUUUCUCCCUAAUCUUCAAACUGGAGGAACCGAACCCAUUCCUGAUCCUGGUGGUGGUGCUUAUAGCAAGUGGUCUUUUCAUGUUCACACUCAAGUCUACACAGUUUAACUUGGAGGGCUUCAUCAUGGUCCUGCUGGCCUCCUUCAUUGGUGGGAUCCGCUGGACCCUCACUCAAGUCCUCAUGCAGAAAGCUGAGCUCGGGCUCCAGAACCCAAUUGACACCAUGUACCACCUACAGCCACUCAUGUUCCUGGGUCUUUUUCCUCUUUUUGUUCUGAAUGAGGGGCUGGGUUUGAGCACCACAGAGAAGCUGUUCAGGGUGAGUGAGCUCCAGCCGUUACUCUACUCUCUCCUGACUCUGUCAGUGGGCGGAUCGCUGGCCUUCGGACUGGGUUUCUCAGAGUUUCUGCUCGUCUCCCGCACCUCCAGCCUUACGCUCUCCAUUGCAGGCAUCUUUAAGGAGGUGUGCACUCUGCUGCUGGCAGUAGGGUUUAUGGGUGACAAAAUGAGCACGGUGAACUGGCUGGGCUUUGUUGUCUGUCUGUCCGGUAUCUCUCUACACGUGGGUCUGAAGACAUACUACAGCAAAGGUAAUGGCCCUACAUUAAGGCCUCUGCCAGGCAGAGACAACCCAGAUAUGGAGCUUCCUCUUCUUACAUCCAGAGAGGAUGCCUGUGAGGUAGAGGACGAAGAAGAAGAGGACUGAACUUCAUGGACAAUAGGACAAAUAGAGGUUUUCAGUCUCCAGAAUGAAGAAGGAGUAAAUGGACCUUUUGGUAUCAUCUCCUUCAUAAUUCUCUGGAUGGUCACAUUGACCACAGACCCAGGAAAAAGUAGCACAGAUGGCACAGUAACGUCAUAAGAAGCUAUGGUACAGACCUCACGCCGAAAGGCUUGAAUUAUAGAAAACCUGGGAUGUUUCAGGAAUAGACACAUCCUAUUCCUUGCUGGGAGGAGCCAGUUUAAACACUGAUUGUGACCAGGUCUAGGGCUGCAUGAUUAAUUUAAACAGUUAAAAGUAUUUUCACAAAAGGCUUUUAUCGUCAGAGUACCAAAAACUACGGCCCAAAAUGCAUUUUAAUCCGGCAAAACAGAAAUCUGGACAUUUUAGCCAGACCAUGGGCCAUUUCAGGUCAUAUAAGUUGCAUUGUAACACAAAAUUAUUUAUCUUUUAUUUAUUUCUAUCAUGCAGCCCUGACCAAAUUUGCAUUCUCAGUCUGGACUCAGGACCAGUUUCUAUGGGGCCUUAUGUCUUUCUGUUUACAUGAGAACUGACUCCUUUUACUAAUGAACAGUUUUACUUUGCAAAGAUGUAAUAAUUUUGUUAGUUAUGUACUAAUGAUCUUUAUUCAUGUAAAAUAAACAACUCAUGCCAGGAAUCCAUGAAAACACA